AUGAAUGGAAAAUUAGAGCUUUUGUGUCUUGAAGUCUUUUCUUUGGAGGAAAAGGGAGAUAGGAUUCAAUCUUCUGUGAAAGGAAUUGAAGGAAGGAUGAAUUUUGAAGUAGUGGAUAACAAUGGCGGUUUCAGGGGAACCACAAACCCUCACAAAAUCAGUCUUGCGGCUUUGUUCUUCCCUAUAUCAGCAAAAGCUACGUUUGGUUUGGCAAAUAAAAAGACGGUGACCAUUCAGCCAGCUGACAAGGAGCAAGGUGUGGUACUCAGAACCACCAAGACCAAGAAGCAAAACAAACUUAAACUUUUUGUUAACAAGUUUGUCGUCAAGAAGGAGUUCAGUACAGAAACAGCUGACAAAGAUUAA